AUGAAUUUCAACAAUUUCACCAGUGACUUAAACGGGAAAACAUGUGUGAAAUGUGAAAAAGAAGCUAAAUUUACUGGCGUCGACCCAAAGAAAGCGUGGUAUUGUCAAGAAUGUUUCAUUCAGAUGGUCAGAAAUAAGUUCAGAUCUGCUUUGAGCAAGAAAAAAAUUUACAAGGAGGCCGACGCUCGUGAUACCUUGGUUGUUUAUGAUGGAUCUCCAUCUGGAACUUUUCUGCUCAAUCAAAUCGACGACGCGCUCAAGCAAAUUACUUACAAAAGAUUAAUGGUCAAGCCCACUGUUCUUGUUUUAGUAUCCGAAUCGGAAGAACCGGAAAUUCAGCAGGUGAUCAAGCGAGUUGCAGAGAUCAAGAAGAACUUUCUCGAGAAUGUGAACUGGUUUAUAGCUCAUAUUGCUUUCUGCUUGUAUGAUGAACCUUCAGAACUGAAAGAAUUUGAAUGCAAUGGUAUUGAAAAGAUUACCGCGUACAAAUACCUUCUUGCCUCCUGUUCCGUGCCGACGUACAAAAAAGAAUUAGAAAGAAUGCUGAAAGAGAAAUGUCUUCAAAAACUAGCUGAAUCUCUGAAAGUGACAAAGUGUAUGGUUACGGAUGAUGCAGAUGACCUCGGAAGACUGGCUCUCGAUCAGUUAUGUCUUGGAAGAGGUGGAUCUCUCUCAUCGUUGGUGACAGUAGCAGAAAAAAGAAAUGACUUUAUGAUUAUUCGACCGCUUUGUGAUUUGUCAAAAAGAGAAAUCUCCAUUUACAAUUAUCUAUGUAAAAUUGAUGAUCACUAUAUACAGUUUUCUCAUACCCAAUCACAGGAGAAGUCAGUACAAACUCUAACCGAUGCAUUCAUUCGAACACUGGAGGAUGAGAAGUUUUAUUCCACAAUCAACACAGUAUUGAGUACGGCUUCGAAAAUUCAUAAUACAAAUGGAAAGGAUGGUUCUAGGUGUUCGAUGUGCUAUGUGGAAGUUGCUGAGUUCCAAUGUGAAACUUGUUCUGCUGUCAGAAACUCCUGUAGUGAGAAUCUCAACAUUAUUUUCAGUUAA